UUUUGUUGGCAGGAUGUUGCUUAAUGCCAGACCUUUUUACGUCUCUGUCUGCACUUGGAGAACAUCAGUCAUCAAUAUGAGCAACUUCAGGCAGAUCCUAAAGGAGGUCGGGGAGUUUGGUUUGUUUCAGAAACGGUUAGUGGCUUUACUAUGCAUCCCCAGCAUAUUUGUAGCUUAUGAUGUGAUCGGUCAGGUAUUUACAGGAAUGAGCUUUCCACAUCACUGUAACACUGACUGGAUCUUGGAGCGUGGGCCCAACCUGACAGAUGAAAGACAAAAAAAUCUCACCAUCCCAGUGAACAAGGAUGGGAAGUAUGAAAGCUGUAAAAUGUUCACACCUGUGGAUUUGGAUUUGGAAACUAUUGAAGCAUAUGGGAUUAACACUACGACUGGAUGCAUAAAUGGAACAGAUUUUGAGGGACCCAAAGGAGUCUCUAGCAUUUUCACAGAUUUCAACCUGGUGUGUGACAGGAGCAGCUUUAUUGAAGUAUCACAGUCCAUCUACAUGGCCGGUCUCCUGGUAGGAGCACUGGUGUUGGGGCAGAUGGCUGACAGGCUUGGUCGGCGCUUCGUGGUCUUGCUGUCACUACUUCUCCUAAUGCUGUUUGGUGCUGGAACUGCUUUCUCACCCAACAUCUAUGUUUAUAUGGUCCUCAAAUUUUUAGGUGGCAUCUCCGUUUCAGGCGUUCUUGUGAAUGCAUUUGUGAUAGGUGGAGAGUGGAGUGACUCCUCCAAGUUUGCGUUCUGCACCAUCAUCUGCCACUCUACUUAUCCUCUGGGACUGAUGCUGUUGUCUGGAAUGGCCUAUUUGAUCCGCAACUGGAGGAUCCUGCAGCUGGUGCUAUACUGCCCUCUUCUGCUUGUCCUGGGAAUCUUUUACUGGAUUCUCCCAGAGUCAGCUCGCUGGCUCAUCACCCAGGGCAGGAAGGAGCAGGCUAUAAAGGAGGUCCAUAGGGCAGCCAAGGUGAACGGGAGGAAGGUCCCGAAAGAUCUGCUAGACAAGCUGGAGGUCGAGGAAACAUCCAAAAGAGGAAGCAUGUUGGACAUCUUCAGGUUAUCAUAUCUGAGAAAACGUGCAAUCAUAAUGAGCCUCGUGUGGUUUGCAACAAGUCUGCUAUUCUAUGGACUGAGCCUGAAUGUUGGUAAUUUCGGAGUGAAUAUCUACCUCACACAGUUCAUCUUUGGUGCAGUAGAAGUUCCUGCACGUCUGGGCAGUUUGCCUCUUAUCCAGCGCUUUGGGAGGAAAUUGAUUCUAUCAGGGACCCUGUUGUUUGGAGGCGCUGCUUGUCUUGGGAUACUUGGUGUUCCUGAAGACCUUCCUGUGGUGGUCACAGUCAUAGCCGUACUGGGAAAAUUUGCCGCCACUGCCAGUUUCGCCAUUAUCUAUGUCUAUACUGCAGAAUUAUACCCCACCACUCUAAGGCAGAAUGGUGUAGGUCUAAACUCCAUGUGUGCUCGUGUGGGGGGCAUCCUCGCUCCACUGAUCAGGCUCCUGGGCACCCACCAUUCCACCAUCCCCAUGCUGAUAUAUGGCAUCGUCCCCAUUGUUGCUGCAGGUUCCUCUUUAUUACUGCCUGAAACCCUGAAUGUUGAACUCCAGGACCACGCUGAGCUCAAAAAACCUGAGAAUGGUCCUGAGAUGGGAUCUGUUACGAAAGAGGAAAAUUCAGGAAAGAGCACAAAGAUGUAAUUUAUAUGGACGUGUUGCUUUUCACAGAAUCGUGUUUAACUUGUAAAUUAUUGAACAUAAUUUUAUUUUUUGUUGUUAAAAUCUGUUAAAAAUGUUUUACUACCACAGAAGUUGUAGACCGUUUUAAAGCUGGGAUUUGUGAACACAUUAAAUUAUAUAUAUGUAUAUUUGCUAUGCACUUAUUUGAGUUUUCUCACCUGAGGGAAAACGUCCUGUGGAUGUUUUCUCUCUGUAUGUAUUUCAGUCGCAAUGAGUUGACUGUCGAAUCUUAUACUUUAUUUUUAUUUUUAUUUCAGACCAGUAUGGUCCAUAUAGACACAAAUAAAAAAACCAGACAGAGAAACAAUCACGACAAUAAAAACAGUAUAGAGUGCUGUAUAGAGUGGUGUGCAGUAAGAUCUGAAGAGGGCUAUUGUAACAUCAGUGCACAUAUGGAAUUUGCGUGCCAGCAUGUUUGCUGGCGCAUACAAUUUACAACACUUGCGCUGCACAUCAUCAUCAUCACAUAAAUCAUCUCUGAUGAUGUGACCCAAGUAUCUUACCUUAUUCACUACAUUUAGUACUUGAUCAGACAGAAGGAACAACGUAAAGUUCAACUUCUGGUAUUCUUUAGCUUUAAAAAUCAUCACAACACUCUUUUUAGAGUUAAACUUAAUGUCGAACUGCACACCAUAUCCUGAGCACACUCUGACCGGUUGUUGUAAACCAGCACUACAAGGACAGGACAACUAUAUCAUCAGCAUACAUCAGAUGGUUGAUGAGACUCCCCGCUACCGUACAUCCAGUCUUACAUGCUUUUAACUCUUUAGAAAGAUCGUCCAUAUAUAAAUUAAAAAGAACAGGUGAAAGUAUUCCGCCCUGUCAAACGCCAUUGGUACCAGGAAUGAUGCAGAUGUGGUUCUGCCCCAUUUGACCCACGUCAUUUGAUGUAAAUACCAAAAAUGCAAGAUCCUUAUGAGAUAUGGAGGGACCCCUCGCUCUUGCAAUUUUAAAAACAAUUUACAAUGAUUGACACGGUCAGAUGCUUUAGAUGCAUCCAGAAAACACAUAAACACUGGAGUGUUAUGUCUACUGUACUUACUAACAACCUCCUUCAGAGCGUAUAUAUACACAAAUCUGUGCUGUGUUUAUUUUUAAAACCAAAUUGGUUAUCAGUAGUUAUUAAGUAUGCUUGAAGCCUAUCUAAAAGAAUCCGUUCUAAUACUUUGGACAGUAUGCUCGCCAAGGCAAUUGGUCGGUUAUAGAAAAUAAUAAACACAUUUUGAUAUGUCAUAUCCCAAUGAUACUAAUUACAUCAAGACAUCCUUGACACAAAGUUAGCGACUAGCUGGUGAACAUAGUGGAACAUUUAGUAGCAAAACAGCUGCUGGAUUUGAUGUGUUAUGUAGCCAUAAACACAACCGCAAGUGAAUGCUUAUGCUGCUCCAUGUUGGCUUGACGUGUAAACAGUAAAAUCACCUAUGUGUGUAAUAUUCCUGUCAUCAAGUGCUGCACCCGUGAGGUGAGGUGAGGUGAGGCGAGGUAAGGUAAGGUAAGGUAUUAAUGUCCCUGGGGGGCAAUUUGGGAUACAGACAGUAGUCAUAAGUAAAAUAAAACAGACAGUACAAUACAUAACACACAGAAUCUACAAUCACACACUGUCAGGGAUAUAUCAUGGCCACUGGUUAAGAUACGUGAUAGCAGAUGGAACAAAGGAUGAUCUGUAAAGCUAAGUGCUACAUUUAGGGAGGCAAAAUUUCCGCCCUAUUGGAAGCAUCUGAAACUCAACAUGCUGGGGUUGUUGAGAGCGUGAGACAAUUGACCGAGCAUUAGAGGUGACCCUCUGUUCAUACAGAUGCUGUAGGCUAUUCAAAGUAACACCAGUGACCUUACAGCACAACUUGACCACUUUUUCCAACUUGUUCUUGUUUUUAAGGCUCAGAUUACCAAACCAACAGACCAUGUUAAAAGAAAGAACGGACUCAGUAAAAGCAGAAUAGAACAAUUGCAUGAUUGUCCCAUUUACAUCGAAAGUCUUCCUUUUUAAGUCUUCCUUAAAAAGAAUGGGCAUUGGUUUGCCUUCUUACAGAUGCUGUCAGUGUUCACAUCAAAAUUCAACUUGUCAUCUGAGACAGUGCCCAGAUACUUGUACUGCUGCAUUGAUGCCA